CCGUGCGUAAGUGAUGGCCAACUCUAGCUGGAUGUAACCAUUGAGAAUCGAGGUAAAUAUUGGUCAAUAACAGCGGAGAACGCUGCAAUUGCGGAUUAUUUGGGAGUCAAGUGCGCGUUGCCGGCAGCGAAAAUGCACGAGGAUGAUCUGAAGAGUCAGUUGACCAUCGCGCGGAACGAGAUCAACAAUCUCAGGCAGCAAGUGCGCAACCUGCAGCAUGUGCAGCGCAAGGACAUUGAGACGAUAACCCGCCUGCUGCAGGACUUCCGCUGCGAGGGGUGUGCGAACAACAACAAAAGCGCCAAGGACAAGGUCGCCGGCGAGAAGCAGGAGCACCAGCACCAACAGCAGACGCAGGACCAGCAGACGGGCCAAGGUCAGAGCAAUUAUACCAAUGGUGGGCACUGCUUGGGAGAGGACUACGCACACUUUCGGCCCAUAGGAGUGAUCCGGACAGCAUUCCCAGAGAAGCGGGCCGUGCCGAGGCAGUCAAUUGUGGGCAGUCGCCUGCGGGGUAUCAUCCAACUGAACGACGGUGUGUUCACCAAUCCGGAGCACUCCUUGGAGGGACUAGAGGACUUUUCCCAUCUGUGGCUCAUCUAUCAUUUUCACCGCAACAAUUCCCACCCCAAGGCCAAGGCGGAUAACUUUUGCUUCUACAACGAGCACUAUGAUAGUCUUAAAGGUCUAAGUUCUUGGGCAUAUCAAACGCUAGAUGCACAUCGCAAGGACAAGCGAGAUCCCUGCUACAGCUUAGAAGAACUAGAAAAGUCUCUCACUUAUGACGACCUGUGGAACUCGGCGCAACUGCAGCUGGUACGCGAGGGAAAGAUGCACGGCUUUUUGCGCAUGUACUGGGCCAAAAAGAUUCUGGAAUGGACAGCGACACCGGAGCAUGCGUUGGAGUACGCAAUCCUGCUGAACGACAAGUACAGUCUGGAUGGUCGCGACCCCAACGGCUAUGUGGGCUGCAUGUGGUCCAUUGGCGGCGUCCAUGACAUGGGCUGGAAGGAGCGGGCUAUCUUCGGUAAGGUUAGGUACAUGAACUAUCAGGGAUGCCGUCGCAAAUUCGAUGUAAAUGCCUUUGUCAUGCGAUACGGCGGUAAGGUGCACAAGAAGAAAUAAAACGUUUUCGGAUUUGCCUUUGUUUUGAAUGC